GCAGCUGUCUCUUUAACAAACGUCUGAAGUGCAUCUUUCGCUCGCUAUUUCAAUGGAAUUCAUUUUGCCAAUUAAGUAAUUCGCGCUAGUGUGAGAGGGCAUAUCCUACUUGCAUUUACAAUACUGGCAUUCGUAUACGUGUGUUGUGGAUUUUCUUCCCUUUUCUCCAAAUAAAUGGUACACUCCUUAGACUGUGAGACCCAACUAAAUCAGUUUCUGAGCAUCUCUCUUUACUGUUCAUAGCAGGCAUUUGGGUCUCCUUAGAAAAAAUGGGAUAUCCGUGGUAGCUAGCCAUAGACACAAGGUUGCAACGCCGACGUUCCUUUCUGUAUAAGCCUUGCCGGGAAGGUUGUUUCUCUCGUACAAAACGAAUAUAGCGUUCAAGUACGCUUGCAGUAAUUGUUCGUGUAAAAAGAAUGGAUGGAGUAAGCAGCAACAGGACUAUGUCUUACAGCAGAUGGAGUUAUGACAGCCAUCUUGACGAUGAGGGCAGUAAUCUUCGACAGCAGAAGCUUGACAGACAGCGUGCACUGCUAGAGCAAAAGCAGAAGAAGAAGCGGCAGGAGCCCCUGAUGGUCCAGUCCAACGUGGAUAGCCGCUCACGAACACGCAGAAUGAAGCAGUCCGAGGAGCAAGCCCCCCUCGUCGAAUCUUAUCUCAGCAGCAACAGCAGCACCAUUUAUCACGCAGUACAGGAGGCCGAACAGGAGGAUGUAAAGGUGGUAACUGAUGCGCAGGCCCCAAAGUCAACUAAAAAAGCAAAGGCAGCCAUCAUGGCCUCACAAACUAGCAGCGCCAAAAAGGAGAAAAAGGGCAAACACAAAGGACUCGAUGGCCCAGCUGCCUUUCGGGAUGAAGUCCAGGGCUUGGGAAGUCCGAUCCAGAUUCUCACAGUGGGACAAUCCAGCACAGAUGAUGGGGAUGGAGACAUGGCGGCCAGUGGCCAACAGCAGGGCAAGCAUGACCUUCGAGCCACAAUGCAGAAAAAGGGGAUUUCCAGCAGUAUGAACUUUGAUGAGGAAGAAGAGGAGGAGGAUGAAGUUAGCUCCAGCUCCUCCCAGCUAAACAGCAACACCAGGCCAGGAUCCGCAGCCAGCAAAAAAUCAAACAAGGAAGUGGCCUCUGCGUCGACGCCUCCUGCGAGCGAGCCGGUGGUGGAGGUGGAAGUGGAUGACCUGGAAGAGUUUGCUGUGAGACCGACUACCCAGGGAGUUACCAUCAAGUGCAGAAUCACCAGAGACAAGAAGGGGAUGGACCGUGGGAUGUACCCUACUUACUACCUCCAUCUAGAAAGGGAGGAUGGGAAGAAGGUGUUCCUAUUGGCUGGAAGGAAAAGGAAGAAGAGCAAAACCUCUAAUUACCUCAUCUCCAUAGACCCCACUGAUCUGUCUCGUGGUGGAGAGAGCUUCAUCGGGAAGCUGAGAUCAAACUUAAUGGGGACCAAGUUUACUGUGUAUGACAAUGGGGUGAAUCCCCAGAAGACCACCUCUAGCUUGGAGACAAGCAAGCUGCGUCAGGAAUUAGCAGCUAUCUGCUAUGAAACAAACGUCUUAGGUUUCAAAGGGCCCCGUAAAAUGAGUGUUAUUAUACCUGGAAUGAAUACGGACCAUGAAAAAGUUUCAAUCAGACCACAGAAUGAUCAUGAGUCACUGCUGGCAAGAUGGCAGAACAAAAUCACAGAGAGCAUCAUUGAGCUGCACAAUAAAACCCCGGUCUGGAACGAUGACACCCAGUCUUACGUCCUGAACUUCCACGGCAGAGUCACGCAGGCGUCAGUCAAGAAUUUCCAGAUCAUCCACGAUAAUGAUCCUGAUUACAUAGUGAUGCAGUUUGGUCGGGUGGCUGAAGAUAUUUUCACAAUGGACUACAAUUACCCCAUGUGUGCGAUUCAGGCCUUUGCUAUUGCCCUCUCUAGCUUUGAUAGCAAACUGGCCUGCGAGUAAAGAGCAAUAACACCCCACCCCACCCCACCCCCAUUCCCACAGAACAAACCACGCUUUACAUGGAGGCAGCCCACAUUUCACACACUGCCUGAAAUUCAUUACCUCUCCCUGUGAAAACACUACAGCUUCAGAGAGUCAGAGGAACUGGAGUGUAGAAAUGUCUUGAAAACAGGGAGCUGAUGUCAAAAUGACAAAAUGUGGGGGCUCCCGAGUGGUGCAUCCAGUAAAGGCGCUCCGCGCGGAGUGCAGGAUGUGCCCUAUAGCCUGGAGAUCGCAGGUUCGAAUCCAGGCUAUGUCACAGCCGACCGUGACCGGGAGUUCCUAGGGGGCGGCGCACAAUUGGCUGAGCGCUGCCCGGGUAGGGAGGGCUUAGGUCGGCAGGGGAAUCCACGGCUCACUGCGCAUCAGCGACCCCUGUGGCCGAUAGGACGCCUGUGGCUCUGCAGUGGAGCCGCCAGAUCUGUGUUGUCCUCCGGCACUAUAGGUCUGGUGGCAUUGCUGUGGAUCUGCAGUGCGAAAAAUGACGGCUUGGUAGGAGCACGUUUCGGAGGACUCGUGUUCCAGCCUCCGUUUCCCGAGUCGGCGGGGGGGUUGCGAGCAGUGAGCCGAGGAUACAGAUAAUAAUUGGGCAUGCUAAAUUGGGGAGAAAACCGGUGUAAAAAAAAUUGGCAAUGACUAAAUAAAAAAAAAAAAAAAAAAAGACAAAAUGUGGUUUAGAGGGAUGUCUACUACAAGAAACCCGUAGAUGGAUGAGGUAAAGCACAAACAGCAAUUCACUGAUUCUGCAAAAUUAUUAUCUUGCACUUCAUGCUGGAUCAUUACUGUGCUUCGAUCACGAACAUCUUGUUGAUUUGUUGCCUAAAGAAGUCCAGUAGAUUACGAACCUCUGAUACUAUUUUGCAGGUUUAGCAGUAUACAUGUAGUAUAUGACUUUCACAAUUCAUGAGAAAACUAGUGAUGCUCAAGGUUGAGAUUUCUGUUUCAGUGAUCUCUCAAAGGCAUAGGCAGCAUUCGCUCACAAUUUAUUUUUGAAAAAUGGUUAGAACCUGUCAGUAUAUUUGGCAGUUUUUUUAAAAAAAAUUUAUUUCAGUGCAGGAAAUGACACACAGAGCAAGAUGAGAUUUACUGUAAUCACAGAACUGGAUCAAGAAAAACAAACAUUGACAAAUUCUAAAGAUUUGCAAUGGUAAUUGAUUUUAACAUUAUUAUUAUGUUAUCAUAAAUAUCCUUGAAAACAAUUGUACUCUUGUUUUUAAUGAGCAAUGAUAAGUCAACAUGUAAUGGUUUGUAUAUACAUUAUUUGGUGUUCCUAGUAAAAAAACUGUGAGUCAUGUGAUCUGGCUCAGGGACUGCAGGGGUUUAGGAGGAAGAUUAUGUGGGGAUAGCACACCUCAUUGAGAUUCAGCCACUGGCUAGGCACCCAACAAGUGCAGACAAGGACUCACAGUAACAAUGAAGCAAUGAAAAGAAAAAUUACAGGUAUGUUAUUAACACGUGGGGUCAUGUAACGUAUAUUUUCCGGAACCCUGUUACUUACUCUUUAAGAUCCAGUUGGCACCAAACCAAAAAGAGUUAUCUUAAAUGCAGUACAUGCAACCUUUGACAUGCUGAAUACUGACAAUGUAAAUUUUACGUAAUUGUAAUGUUAUGUCAAAAUAUUUUUUUAAAGCUAUAUAAUACUGUGUAUUGUACAGUAAAUAUUCAGUUGCCACACACUAAGUUAAGGGCCUUAUUGACUGUGUUGCCUAUCUUUUAGCAUUGCACAGGGGAAGCUGUUUCUAAUACACAAAACUAUCUGAAGUGCACGUCAAUUUAAAUAUAAAUUUGUCUGCAGCCUCGUAUGGGAUGCUUGUUGUUUAAUUUAAUGAUGUUUUCCUUUUUGAGAAUUAACAUUUCUAAUCUGUUAGCCUCAACCCAGACUAAUACAUAUAAAGGAAUUAUAAAUGGAUGAAUUAUGCAUAUUACAUAUAAUACUUUCUCCAGCUACAUGUGUAAGUGAUAAAAACACAAUCAUUGUGGCGUGGCCAAAUAAAAAACAAAUGUGUGUUGACGUACAUCUGAAUGUCAUAUGUACUGUAUAUCUUUGAAUAACAUCAUUUGUUUUAUUUUUGUAAAAUUAUCCUAACGGAUAUUUAAAAUCCAUUUUGUGCUUGAUUUUUAAAUGUUGGUAAAGUUGUUUAGUAAUAAGGAACGGAAAUGUUAGAAUUUGAACAGGAGGCCAGAUGGGAAGGUUUUCACCUACCUUUUAAAUGUUUAUUUAAUUUGAAAUCCCCUAGUGUGUACAGUCACAUAUUUUAGAAAAGGAUUUUAAAGAGAAAGUUAUACCUAGCUCUUCUUUUUCGGUUUACUGCAUUUUGAUUGAAAAUACACAUUUCACUGUGUAAAGCACGGUAGCUGUGAUUUUAAGAUGUAUGUAAUAUAGAUGUAAAUAGUUUGCCUUUGGGAAUACAGAAAGGUAAUGCAAUGUUAUAUUUGGAGUCAUUUCAUAAUUGUUAUUUUUUUAUUACUGUAUUAAUGCUAGGCAGAAAUUAAAAGGUUUGAUGCAGUUUUAGCUUCCCACAGAUAAUUUUCUAGCAAUCCUAAAAAAAACGUAAAUGGACAUUCUUUUAUAAUACCAUUACACUCAUUUUGCAUAAGGAACAAAACAUGAGCAUGUACUGUUCUUUUGAUUAUAUUUGCACUCAUUAGUUCAUGGUGUACACAGUCUAUAACACCAGUAAUACAAUAGUCUAAACAAAAACAGUUUAGAGCAAACUUUGCUAAGUAAGUCUGGGCACCUAGUAUUAAACUUAUUUUAUUAUUAUUACUUUUAAUUAUAAU